AUGGAUCUGGUCGCAGGUGUUCGAAAAGAAGGAAGUCGCGGCGGUCGCGGCGAUUUCAAAUGGUCCGACGUCAAGGAAUCCUCUCACCGUGAGAACUACCUGGGCCACUCGUUGAUGGCCCCAGUCGGUCGAUGGCAACAAGGUCGUGAUUUGAAUUGGUAUGCAAAGUCUGCAGAUGGGAGCACAGAAGAGGCCGCGAAGCGAGAGCUGGAUGAUGAGCGUCGCCGGGUCAAGGCGGCUGAGCAGGAGGCGCUCGCGCGCGCUCUAGGUUUACCCACUACGACUAAGACUUCCGAUGCCAAUUUGACCCCAUUAGGGGGAAAUGAAAUGCGAAAGGCUGUCCAAGGAAAUGUAGAGGACGAUGAGGAUGUCGAAGGCGGCCGUGGCAUUGGUUUCGGUUCGUAUGGUGGCCGUGCUAUGGAUGGAAUGGAGGGAGAGACACUGGCUCCAGUUGGCCUAGAUUCAGAAAGUGGUCAUCGACGCAACCCUAGAGACGGCCGCUCAAGACGCGACAGGUCCAAGGACAGAGAUAGUCGGCGGGGCCACCAUCGUGACCGUCGUGACCAUCGUUCGCGUGAUCGUUAUAACCGUGAUAGUAAGCGUGAAGUGGACAGAGAAAAGAGCAGAGACCGUACUCAUCGGGAAGAUCGUCAUGGUCGCUCAGAGCAUCGUAAUCACCGCCGCGAAGACAGACGCCGCCCAUCAAAAUCAAGGUCCAGGUCUCCUCAUCAUGACUCUCGUCGAGAACGUAAGGACACCCGGGACCGUGAUUCUCAUGACCGCCGGCGCGAAUCUGAUAGACCUCGACCUCGGCGUCUGUCAUCUCCGCGUCCUAGUAGCACUGACCGUCUUGGUGAAAAAAGAGAGAGAAGAUAUUCUGAUCAUUAUUCUCCAUCUGGUUAUUACCGCCGCAACAGCCGCCAAGGUGACGAUAUCCAUACCGCAGAGAUUCCUCGAGAGCGCCGUAAACGUGAUCCUGAAGACAGGGAUCGUGACCGCGGUAGAUCCUAUCGUGAACGUCGAGAUUAGAUAUCACUUCAACGACCAGAAAUGCUUGCGUCAUGCCUGACAUCCAUUCGAUGAUAUUAUUUCUGCUUCUCUAUUUCCAAUACCUUGUGAUCAUGCAUAGCGAUGGUGUUUUACUCCUCAAAUCUGUAUUAAAUUGCAAAAUAUUACGGUUUUAUGGAACAUUCAUUUUCACGACACGAGUUUCCUAGGAACCUCAGGUUAAUAUCAAAUUAACCUGGAUAUUGCAUUUAGUUUUUUACGCACACGUACGGACACAAAGUGUACUUUAUUUACUCGUUUUUAUCAUACAACAACUA